AUGGACGCCCCUAGGACCUUAGCGCCCGAGCGGUCCGCCCAAUCGCUUCCUCGGAUAGGAGGGGUUCUUUUGAAGCUGUGGCUGUGUGAACUCUGGGUACUGCUGCCGGAUUCCGGUGUGAACAUGAAACUUUUGCCUCACGAAGAGGAAGUACAUUUUAUCAAUGAAUACGUGAACCUCCACAAUGAGCUCCGGGGCAACGUCUCCCCCGGAGGGUCUAACUUGCGCUUCAUGACUUGGGAUGUAGCUUUGUCACGGACUGCUAGAGCAUGGGGGAAAAAAUGUUUGCGUGAGCAUAAUCCUCAUUUAGAAGAACUAAACAUGGCCCAUCCUAAAUUUAAUGGUAUUGGUGAAAAUAUGUGGAUUGGCCCCGAAAAUGAAUUUACCGCAAAUAUUGCUAUCAGAAGUUGGUAUGAAGAGAAGAAAAGGUACCAUAUUGAAAAUGACAGUUGCUCUAGUGACUGUUCUAAUUAUAAACAGCUUGUUUGGAACACAUCUUACAAAGUUGGUUGUGCCAUUACUAAGUGUGCAAGAGUUGAAAAUAUUAGAUAUGCAGCAGUUUUCAUUUGCAACUAUGCGCCAGGAGGAUCUCUGUCGAGAAGGCCUUAUACACCAGGAAUAGUUUGUUCUCAAUGUAGCAGAUAUGACAGAUGCACAGAUUUUCUAUGCAGUAAGAUAAAGAAAAUAACUUAA